UCUCGGUCAUCAGCUGUCGAAUCAAUAGUUGAACUUUCAGUUUCAGUUUUCAAUUUUCACGUUUUUCCCAAGUGAACAUCUUAUAACAGGCGCUUUUGUUGGAAAUGUGUGAAAAAUAAGUUAACUGUCUCCACAGACCAUCAUUUGCUUGUAGCUAAAACAUAAAAAGAGGCGUAAGACUGAGACUUCAGCAGAUAGUGUAGAUUCGGGACAGCACAGCUACGGGCGUCAAAACCGAAGGAUGGAGAAGACCUGGCUGAGCCCCAAACACCGACUCCCCUGCUGCAAGCUCCGGUAGUGUCUUGGGCAAAAUGCAUUGUAUUUACCGAGCACCUAACCAAAUAACGCAGUCUCCGCAAGAGAGCGAAAACCCGGAUCGCAGCGAUUUGUUUACGCGCAUUUGACAGUAAUUGUAGUUCUUUAGCAAAGACUCACUUAUGGAAUAACGUAACCUGUUAGCUACGCGAGGAAACCUUACAUCGUCCGUUUUGUCGCUCGAUUCCUUGCCUGAAAGAGUAUAAGGAAUGUUUGGAAUACAGAAACGAAGGCUGUUUGGUGUUCUUUCAUUACCAGUUAUUGUGGCAGUGAUGUGCUGUGCUCAAAGCGCCAAUGAACCAGGAAACAUGUCUUUUGUCAAAGAGACCGUGGACAAGCUUUUGAAAGGCUAUGACAUCCGUCUUCGACCAGACUUUGGAGGUGCACCAGUCGCAGUUGGCAUGAGCAUCGAUGUGGCAAGCAUAGACAUGGUGUCUGAGGUCAACAUGGACUACACACUGACCAUGUAUUUCCAGCAGUACUGGAGGGACAAGCGGCUCGCAUAUUCUGGGAUCCCUCUCAAUCUCACACUUGACAACCGGGUAGCCGACCAGCUUUGGGUUCCUGACACCUAUUUCCUAAAUGACAAGAAGUCUUUUGUCCAUGGUGUCACAGUGAAAAACCGCAUGAUCCGUCUGCACCCGGAUGGCACAGUUCUUUAUGGAUUAAGAAUCACCACCACUGCCGCUUGCAUGAUGGAUCUGAGAAGGUAUCCAUUAGAUGAGCAGAACUGCACUCUGGAGAUAGAGAGUUAUGGAUAUACAACAGAUGACAUCGAGUUUUACUGGAAGGGAGGAGAAAAUGCAGUGACUGGUGUGUCGCGUAUCGAGCUCCCACAGUUCUCCAUCGUGGACUACAAACUUGUAUCCAGAAAUGUUGUCUUUUCCACAGGUGCCUAUCCGCGACUGUCUUUGAGCUUCAAGCUAAAAAGAAACAUCGGCUACUUCAUCCUGCAGACCUACAUGCCCUCAAUCCUGAUCACCAUCCUGUCCUGGGUCUCCUUCUGGAUCAACUAUGAUGCCUCAGCAGCCAGAGUGGCAUUAGGUAUUACCACUGUGCUGACUAUGACCACCAUCAACACCCACCUGAGAGAAACACUUCCCAAGAUCCCUUAUGUUAAAGCAAUAGACAUGUAUUUGAUGGGCUGCUUCGUCUUUGUGUUCUUGGCGCUGCUGGAAUAUGCUUUUGUCAACUACAUUUUCUUUGGACGAGGGCCUCAGAUGCAGAAAAAGUUGGCUGAGAAAGCUGAGAAAGCCAAUAAUGACCGCAACAAGUACGACGGCAACAAGUCUGUUCAGGAGGGAGGCAACUGCAAGCCAUCAUCUGUUAAACAGUCCAAUCAGGUACAAGGCCACCGUCACUCGCGAGGGGUGGAUUCCCAGGGAAAUAUCCUUCUGACCACUCUGGAGAUCCACAAUGAGGUGGCCGGGAACGAGAUCACCACCAGCGUCAGCGAGGCUCAUAACUCCACUUCAAUGGUGUUCGAUAACUCAGGGAUCCAGUAUCGUAAACAGAGCGCAGCACGGCCAGAGGGCCGCCACAGCAUGGACAGGAACACACAGCCCAAGAAACCGCGGCUACGCAGACGUUCCUCCCAGCUCAAAAUCAAAAUCCCUGACCUCACAGACGUGAACGCCAUCGAUCGAUGGUCACGGAUAAUAUUUCCCUCAGCUUUCUCUCUUUUCAACUUGAUCUACUGGCUGUAUUACGUGAAUUAGGCCUGAGAUGUCAAUGGGUUUUUUUGCCCCUUCACAAUUUUUUCAUGUUGCCAAGUGGAAAAUAGAGACUUUUUGUUUCGCUCUGACGUACUUGUAAAGGACGUACUUGCGCGCCAUAUAUAUAUAUAUAUAUAUAUCGAGAUUUUUCUAAAAUUUAACCUUUGCAAUGUUGUGAAGGCUUCAGAAGGAAUGCUACACACACCAAAACCCAUUCUUAUAUACAGUACAUAUGUACUUAAACAUACCCAUUCACACAUGCACAAAAUCAGUUUUCUGAAAACCAUCUAUGUACAUACAUGUUGCAAUUUUUGAAGCCACAGGACUUCCGCAUGAUGCACUCAGAACUGUUUUUAAUUUGUACAUGUUGCUGUUUUACUCUUGAUUGAAAGAUGCUAAUUGCAAAUGUUUCAUGCCAAUAAAGCGCAGGAGAUUAAUAUUGAUAGAAGAUUAUAUAGAUGUGAAAAUGCAAUAUAACAAGGGUUGUAGGUCAAAUCAUGUCUUCAGUUUCAAAGCUUGCUACGUAAACAUCAGCUGCACUAAACGUUGCUGUUAUGAUCUUAUUAAGACAAAGUUUGUAUAUAAUCAUGUUAUGAUAUGCUUUUGGAACAUGAUUUCCAUCCGCCUUGGGUUGAUAUGAUUAUACACCACUUUUUGCAAUCAUGUAAAGUGCUUCAGUACAUGUAAAAUAAGAUAAUAAUUGUACACUUAUCUCAUUCCAAGGAUAUCAAAAGGAAGAAAAAGAACAAAUGUGAAGUAUUUAAAUCAGGGCCUGCAAAGGAUUUCCACGAUGCCAUUCUGAACAUCAAGCAUAAGUAGACAAACAAUCCUGACAUUGUGUUUUGCAUUUUGUUAGUAGAUGUGUAGCAGAACUGUAUGAUUUUCAAGUGAGAGGAUUGGGUGUUUUAUUCCCCUCCAUUUUUUUAAGUCAUUUCAAAUAUCAUUAUGGGCAUAUAUCAUAUGUAUACAUCGUAUGGCCCAUACAUAACACAUCCCUUUAUUUCCUUCCCUUCCAGUGAGGGUUAUUUUUGUCAAAGGUAAAUGGAAAAGCUCGUAAUGCAUUCGAGGGAAUUAUACGUUGACAUCAAAACAAAACUUGUCUCAGGUUCUCGUCCAAUAUGAAAAUGACCCAAUUUUUUUCUGAUGGUCAGUAUUCACAUCA